UUAAUCGAAGUGAUCGAAGUUAACUAUCGUUAUCUAUUUCAUAUGACUUAGGAAAUGAUAGGUAGGAAAGUUCCAUGCAGUAAAGAUUGGUAUGCAGCAAAAUUCUGUAAACACCAGAUUUGAUUAAUAAAAAUUAUGACAUGAAGUAAUUUCGUGCAGGUUUCAGUGAGCAUAUCUGCUAACAAUCAAUGAGGUUACCUAUUACAGGAAAAGGUAGGCCUGAUUGAUUCGAUUGAAGUCGAGGGGUUCGCUAUUAGAAGGACACUAAAGUUAUACAAUGAAAAUAUUAUGUCAGAAAAAGAGCAACACCGGGUUCACUUUGGAGAAGAUGCUGAUUGUUUCGGUAAAGAUAAUGAAAUUGUUAUACAGAAACAAGAUGAUUGCCAGUUAACAGCGCACCUUGGAUUUUUGCAACUGGGGCACCGAUAUGAAAUACAUUUGACUUUACCGAGGUCUCAGUGCGAAAUGUAUGGCACAGCUGAAUUGAAGGAGUCAUUGACUGAAAAAGUUCCCAAUGUAAACUGCAGAUUGCUUGCAGUAUCAUCUGACAAAAAAGACAUUAUAUUAAAGUUGGAACUGUUUGCAUAUAAGGAGAAAUUAUUGAAGGAAGAACUUCGUUUAGAACGUUCUGAUACUAAAGCUUUGUUGAUGCUUGUGGUACUGGCUAGAGUCUUAGGCAGAGGAAAGGGAACCCCUUUGCUUAGAAAUGGGAUCAAAUCCAUUGGAGUUGAACUGGAUGAUGAGUCGGAAGCAUCAGAUUGGCAAGGAUUUGAUUGACUUCGUAGAACUGGAAAUAUAAUAAAGUGGUUUAAAAUUGAAUACACAUGGACCUUAUUUUGUACAGUUCAAUGAAUUGAAAUUGUGGAGUCAAGACACUGUUCAGCUUUGACAUUUUAUGCUGAUGAAUAUUAUGUUGCCCUUGGUGCUCAUCUUUAAUGUGAAUGAAACCUAAUGUUGGAAAGUUAGUUUAAAUUAUAUGUACAUUCAAGCAGCAUAAUAUUCCAGCCAUUGUGACUAGAUUUUUUAUUACAAAUGAUAAAACAAUUCCGCCCAGUGUGA